AUGACUGAAAAUGAAACUCAAGCGUUCGUUAGUAAAGUCGACAGCCUGCUCGGAGAUCCCCAACACUUGGAUCAAGACACCUUGGUUCAAUAUCUAAAGCUCAUUCAUGAUGAGUUGUGGCAAUCCGAUCAACCAACGGACAUGCUAACAAAUGCUGGAUCGGAGAUCUGUCAUAUAAUCUUACCGCUGACUCUGCCCUCCAAGAGUCAUUCGGAACACGUGGCACAGGAAGCCAAUUCAAUACUUGAUUUGCUUGUAGCAUACGCCAGUCCUCGUGAGCUAUGUAUCUUUAUAGAAUCCAUGCUGCAAACUUUGGAAUGGGAAUCAGCUAUGGAUGAGGGGUUUGAGGCGGUUGGGUCUGUUGUAGACAGAUUUGGACAUAAUAUGCAAGUGUAUUUAAGAGUCUUUGAACGCUUGCAACCCAAGAAGCCAUCAGCAUUCUUGGAUUUCGAUGGAUUUACCAGGAUGCUCAAGUCAUUGCCUGUUAUAUGGAAGCAUGCUAUGGUCGAGGAGGAAUCCCAACGAGUUAGCAGCUCGUCUUACUUUACUCUAUUCAAAAACUUACUGCAUAUUUCGGUGUCAUUCUCCAGUUCUGUACGAACUUCUUUGGCUAACUGGGACAAGGCUAGUACACCAUGA